AUGUUUGAGGCCUUGGCGAGGAUGUUUGCUGGUGUUUGGUGGGCAUGCGAGCAUUUAUCCCAAGCACCUCAACAGCAUCACGUGCAACUUGACGAGGAGUAUGAAAAUCUCACAAAAUCAGUGGGUGCUGGUUCUAUACCAGUAGUCUCGUUUGGCCUUCUGGUAGCCUUUCUCACCUCCGGCGUCAAGGGCCUUUUGAUAUUCCCGCAUGAUCCCAAAAGAUUUGGCCUCUCGAAACUGGCGCAUUUCCUAGUCCUGGUCAGCAGGCUUCAAGACAAUCGUGCAAUUGAGGAACCUUUUUCGAAACACACUCAGACCUUCUUGCUUGGACUCAUUCGUGAAGCCCUUUUCCCACUAGGAUUUGAUCAAGCAAAUACCUCACUAGAUGAUACAUCAAGUGAAGAUGAAUGGCAUCCCAAGGAGUGCUCCAAGAUUUACCUUGCUCAAGCCAUUCAAAAAGACCUGGCCUCCUUUUGUCAGAUCAGGUCACAACUUUUGGGUGGUCCCUGCCCAGAUAACCCUUAUGACUUACCAUUCCAUCCUGUUUCAACAGGAAAUCAAUCAAUGCUUCCUCAAGUGGGUCUUGAAUAG